GUCGGCUUUAUGCCAUGCAGACGGGAAUGAAACUGGACAGCAAAACCCCAGAAUGUCGGAAGUUUCUUGUGCAACUGAUGGAUCAGUUAGAAACAGUAAGAUACUUUGUCAGCUACACUAAAGGUUGGAAACAUUCUUUGGAAUGUUUAAACAGAUUUGCACACAAUGACACAUUUAUCUACUAUUUCCCAGUUGUCUUCACAUUAUAAUUUGUUGAUUUUAAUUGAUUUUGGGUAAGAUAUCAUAAUGUAGUUAUCAUAAUGUACUACUUCACAUUCCUUGUUAAUCCUAUCUAUUUCCUCUAUUCUGUACUAAUAUCCACCAAAUGAAGCUUAUCAUGCCGUGAAUGUCUGAGGGCACUUUAGUAAUGAAUAUCUUCCAACCCAUUGGCCGCUAAGAGCACUUUAGGAGUCUUGACAUUUGACUAUUUUCAAAGCUAGUCAGGGACAGGCCUUUCAGCAGAUUCAGUUUCCUUUCAGAAGUGGAUUAUGGCACUGACUCUCAAAAAGGACAUUAACAGCAAAGUGGCAGCCUCCCGUGAUUGUUCUGCGAACAUGAUUGAAAUGUCUGCACCUCAUCAUUUUCAAUUAUAGGAGUGAAAUACUCUUUGAUUCCACUAAACAUCUAUAAUAUAAUUGCCUUAUGAUCUAAAUAUAGGAUGGAUUAUUUGAUUUACUUUGUCAAAGUUCUCAAAAGGUGAAUGCCAAAUGUAAUUUCUGCUGUUUUAAAGGUCUAGCAGUUAUGCUUUAGCUUGUCCAUCAGAUAUUCACAUCUCUAAUAGAUAAUAAUGUAGCCCCCAAAUUCGAUUAGGAGAAAUUGGAAUCUUUCAGAAAGUUGGCUCACACAUUUAGUCAAAGCUUAGGUAAGACCGCAAUCUGAACCACCAUUUAGUUAUGGAAUGCAUGCGUUUUGAAUAAUGGAUUCCUUCAGAAAUGUACUUCAGAAAUCCUUUGAGUGGAGUUGUGAGUCAUGCAAUGAAAAAAAACAUCUACUUAGAGGUUUUAUUGUAAUUUUUUAUUUUUAUGAUAUCCAAUUGGUAGUCUUGUCCCAUCGCUGCAACUCCCGUACGGACUCGGGUGAGGCGAAGGUCGAGAGCCAUGCAUCCUCCGAAACACGGCCCUGCCAAGCCGCGCUGCUUCUUGACACACCGUUCGCUUAACCCGGAUCUCAACCGCAUCAAUGUGUCGGAGGAAACACCGUACAACUGGCGACCGAAGUCAGUGUGCAUGCGCCCGCGCGCCACAGGAGUCGCUAGAGCGUGAUUAGACAAGGACAUCCCGGCCAGCCUAACCCGGACGACGCUGGGCCAAUUGUGAGCCGCCUCAUGGGUCUCCCAGUCGCGGCCGGCUACAACACAGCCUGGGAUCGAACCCGGGUCUGUAGUGAAGCCUCUUAGACCGCUGCAUCAAUCUACACACAAUACCCCAUAAUUACAAAGCAAACACAGUUUUUUAGACAUUUUUGCAAAUGUAUUACAAAUAAAAACUGAUAUGACAUUUACAUAAGUAUUCAGACCCUUUACUCAGUACUUUGUUGAAGCACCUUUGGCAGCGAUUACAGCCUCGAGUGACGCUACAAGCUUGGCACUCCUGUUUUUGGGGAGGUCCUCCCAUUCUUCUCUGCAGAUCCUCUCAAGCUCUGUCAGGUUGGAUGGGUAGCGUCGCUGCACAGCUAUUUUCAGGUCUCCAUAGAUGUUAGAUCGGAUUCAAGUCCGGGCUCUGGCUGGGCCACUCAAGGACAUUCAAAGACUUGUCCUGAAGCCACUCCUGCGUUGUCUUGGCUGUGUGCUUAAGGUCGUUGUCCUGUUGGAAGGUGAACAUUCGCCCCAGUCUGAGGUCCUGUAAGCUCUGAAGCAGGUUUUCAUCAAGGAUCUCUCUGUACUUUGCUCCGUUCAUCUUUCCCUCAAUCCUGACUAGUCUCCCUGCCACUGAAAAACAUCCCCACAGCAUGAUGCUGCCACCACCGUGCUUCACUGUAAAGAUGGUGCCAGGUUUCCUCCAGAUGUGACGCUUGGCAUUCAUCAGAUCAGAUAAUCUUGUUUCUCAUGGUCUGAGAGUCCUUUAAGUGCCUUUCGGCAAACUCCAAGCGGGCUGUCAUGUGCCUUUUACCGAGGAGUGGCUUCCGUCUGGCCACUCUACCAUAAAGGCCUGAUUGGUGGAGUGCUGCAGAGAUGGUUGGCCUUCUGGAAGGUUCUCCCAUCUCCACAGAGGAACUCUGGAGCUCUGUCAGAGUGACCAUCAGGUUCAUGGUCACCUCCCUGACCAAGGCCCUUCUCCCCCGAUUGCUCAGUUUGGCCGGGCAGGCAAAUCUAGGAAGAGUCUUGGUGGUUCCAAACUUCUUCGAUUUAAGAAUGAUGGAGGCCACUGUGUUCUUGGGGACCUUCAAUGCUGCAGAAAUGUUUUGCUACCCUUCCCCAGAUCUGUGCCUCGACACAAUCCUGUCUCGGAGCUCUACAGACAAUUCCUUCGACCUCAUGGCUUGGUUUUUGCUCUGACAUGCACUGUCAACUGUGGGACCUUAUAUAGACAGGUGUGUGCCUUUCCAAAUCAUGUCCAAUCAAUUGAUUUUACCACAAGUGGACUCCAAUCAAGUUGUAGAAACAUCUCAAGGAUGAUCAAUGAAAACAGGAUGCACCUGAGCUCAAUUUCGAGUCUCAUAGCAAAGGGUCUGAAUACUUAUGUAAAUAAGGUAUUUCUGUUUUUUAUUUUAAUACAGUGUCUCAGCCAGUGAAGAGCCCAGACCUGGUGGGUAUAUCCAAUUUAAAGGGCUUUAAAACGUUGGGGAAGAAACGUCUAUGAAAUACGCCUUUGACCCACUGUCGCAGACUAUGUCAAUAUGGACUCGUUACAGAUUGUUAAACUUCUUUUGUUUUAUGUCUUGCGCCUUGUAUAAUAUUUCUGGAAGUGAAUGUGGAAUCAUUGUUUUAUUUUUCCUCCCUAAUUAUGGGAACAUGAAUAAGGAGACUUUCAUUCCAUUCCAGAAGAGGAAGCAGGGUAUAAAAUUCAAGAAACAGAAAUCUUACACCGCACCAUGUGGAUCUUUAUCAUUUCUCCUCAUGACAGUUUAAUCUCCACUAAAGCCACACAUUUCUAGGGAAACAAACAACCAAUGAUUAUUAUUUUGUGCAGAGCAUGGAUAAUUAAAUUGACAAUCUGUCUUUUUUGUACUGGUAUUGAAGAGUAACUAAUGCAUGCCCACAGCCCGGCAUUCAGCAUAUUGACCAGUAUGGCUGGUCGAGGGCCAUCCUCAGGCUGCCGAUUGCUGUUUGGGCUGUGGAAGAAGCACACAUGGCUCUUUCUCUACAUCGUUAAAUUAGCGUUCGCAGAGCAGUGAAUUAGGGAGGGAAGGUGUGGUGGAAGAGAUUACCUGUAGUUAGGCUAUACACUGAUGGGCCUCUGUUUCAUGGAAACGGCAGUUGUUUUUGUUUUCCUGAUCGCCGCUUUGGGCUUCUUUAACAUUGUAUGGUCAGUCACUUCAAUGUACUAGCUGUUUGUUUUUGUUAUCCUACAGUGCCUAUACAGACCUGAUGAGUGUCAAUAGGCCUAGCUCUGGUCUGUUAGGGUUGCUUUACCCCAGAAAGACAUUUGUCACUCAUUCUGUUUUGCAAUGACGGCAAAACCAUCAAAAAAUAUGCAGCUUUUCAUGUUAAUAUUGUCCUGACGUAUUCAAAAUGACUUGUGUUUUGCUAAUCUGUUCUAGUAUAACAGGGAUUUCUAGAGAACCCCAGAGGAGUUUUAGUGGUGUGAUGUGAUCCAAGCUGAAUCCUUUAAUUCAAUUAGAAACGGCUGGCUCGACUUUCUAGAAAGUCGGCACGCUUCAUUCCAAGAUAUUUUUUUUUAAAGUCCUCCGCUAACACAAGUGAUGUACUGUGCUGCGUAUUGCCUUGUUUGUUUAAGGAGAGGUUGAGAUUUCAUUAAAACAUGAACAGUAAGUCCAUUCAGGAGAGCAGAGUGCACCUGUUGAAAUGUAACCAGUAUUAUUUGCUUUAUUGAUUUUACAAGGAAACCUGACGCUCUCUAGCAGACUAACAUCUCAGAGAGGGGCUGGCUCUGUCACAGUGAGUGGGCUUUGCGGCUGCAUUGUUGGCCGCUGGCCACUACAAACCAUUAAGACACAAUAUGGGCACAGCAAUAAUUUAAUUUGUCAGGGGCGUGUAGGGGUUGACCGUACACAGACAAAGUUUUGACAAAACUAACAAGUCACAGUUAGGUUAGAACAAAAUUGCAUAAGUGAGUUUUCUAGUUUCUGUGUCACUGGUAUUGUCAUAGAUGAUUAAUUGCCAUGUAAUAGCGGUGUGAUAAAGUAAACUGCCAGUUCUUUGCCACUGGCUUUGGUGUUUCUGGUGAAAUCUGGUGAAAUAUCCUUUUGGUGAGUGGUGCUCAGUACAAUAUUUAUUGUCCAUCACUGUUGAAAUGAGAGUGGUAAAACCCACCCUUGGUUAUUGUCCAUGUUAAGGAUCUGUGGGUGGGUCUCCAGAGACCCUCCACUCCACCAUACUAGACUCUAUUGGAGUGGAAUCAGUGUCUGCUCUCUGCUGCAUCCCAGGAAUCAAUGAGUCACGCCAUGGAAAGCCUCACCUCUCAACAGAAAAAAAACAGCCAUCUUGGAUUUGUCACACGUUUCAUGCACAGUACAGUACACAGGCUCCCUCUAUGUAUAGACAGUGUCUGUGCUGUUCAGCAUCCAGGAAUCUAGGAGGAACACUUUGUGUCAGUUGAAAGAUUGAUAAACUGAAAAGUCAAAGUGAAUGUGCAUUUCAAAACUACUCUGUAUUGAUUGAUUGCCCUUUGUAAAAUGUUUGCCGCUUACAGCCUGUGUUUUUUCAGGUUGGAUGUGCCUACAUGCAGAACAUAAUUGACUUAUGUGUGAUUUGAUGCUGUUGUGUGUUUUUCAGAUGAAGAAGGAGCUGACUGACAAUGACUCAAUCACCCAGGAAGUUGUCGGCAAUGCCCACAUCGAAAACUAUGCCUUAAAAAUGUUCCUCUACGCUGACAACGAGGAUCGAUCUGGACGAUUCCAC